UACUCCUCUCUCUCUCUCUCUCUCUCUCUCUCGUAUGCGUAGGAAAAACCCUGGCUCUCCAGCUCCUCCGCCCCCGUUAAUGGCGGAGUUCCCCUUCCCCGGGCUCCUCGACCUCCGGUUCUCCCCCGUCUCCUACAAGCUCUCCCCUCCGCAGCCAUCGGCGCCGUCGCUCCACCUCCGACGCACCGUAUCCCAGCCACCGUCUUCCCCGCCGCCGCUCCGGCCGAGGGUCGCUGGGCGACCCGACCUCGAGCUCUGCUCCACAAUCGAGUGCUUGGACGGGAGCGUCAUCUUCCGGUUCUGCGAUGCCGCGGAGAAAUCGGAUUCGGAGAAGGGUUUGGGUGAAUCGGAGGUGAGAGAGUCCUCGGAAGUGGAUUUCCAGGAGGCGGCCUCUGAGAUGGCGAGGAGACCCACCCUUGAGUCGGAAGGAUCGGUAGUCAUGGAUGCUGAUGAUGAUGGUAACAGGGGAAGUAGCGAAUCAGGUGAUUCGAAUGAGCUGCUUGAAAAGGAAGCUCGUGAUGCACGCACCGUUAAUGGAUUGGAGAUGGAGAUUGGGGAUUCAGAGGGUGAGUUGGAGAUGAUUACUGAAGCAAAUAGUUCUGACUUGUUUGUAGAGGAAGUAGAAGAACCAAAUAGUAUGCCUGCGGAGAGUAGAGAAACUCCACUUGAAACCAAAUUGGUGGAGUCUCCAGACGGCGACCGAGAGGUGAGUGAGGUUUCUGCGGAAGCGAGUGAGAUUGUGGGGUCGGAGAAAGACUCAGAUUUAGCGUUGACUUGUACGGAAACUUCACUGGAAGUGAAGAGCACUGAUGCCGAUAUCGAACAGGAAGUUAACUCGACUAACGGAAGUCUCGUUGCUGGAAAAUCCUUAUCACCAUAUAGUGGUGUUGUCCAAGAAUGUGGCCCUGAGAUGAUAGAAGCCUCAGUUGACGAAUCAACUGUUAGCGAUCAGGAAUUAAAGUUGAACUCUUCGGAUGGAACUCAGCAGGAAAAAGCAGUAAGUUCCAGUUUGCCUAUUGAGCAACAAGAUAGGUUGACUGAUGAAAGUCACCUUGUUGAAGAAUCCCCCGAAGUUUCUGAUCUCCAGGAAUCUGCCGAGGAGUUGGAAGAAACCUCAGCUGAUGAUAGAGAGGAAGUAACUGAAAGCCUUUUGGUGGAUAAAGAGGCUUCGGAGGUCUCUAGUACAUCAGAUAUUGAUAUUGAUGCAGAUAGGGAAUCAAGUAAUUUCCCAAUAGAGGAUCAAGGAGAAGCAAAUAGUGAUCAGACAUCAAUCAUGGAACAACUUAGAGAAGAGAAGGAUCAGAUCUACAGCAAUACUGAGGUUGUGAGCCCUGACAGGACAACUUCGGUAUCAGUACCAACUCUUUCUUUGGCUUCAGGUGCUGCAAUGUUACCUCAUCCUUCAAAGGCAUUGACUGGUGGGGAAGAUGCCUACUUUGUGGCAUGUAAAAGCUGGUUAGGUGUAGCGGAUGGAGUUGGUCAGUGGUCACUUGAAGGAGUCAACGCAGGAUUGUAUGCUAGAGAACUAAUGGAGAACUGUGAGAGAUAUGUCUCCAAGUAUGAAGGAGUUCCAGGAACUAAACCUGAUCAAAUUCUGACCCAGGCUGCAGUUGAAGCAAAGUCGCCUGGUUCAUCAACUGUUCUAGUUGCUCAUUUUGAUGGCCAGGUUCUUCAUGUAGCUAAUAUAGGGGACUCUGGAUUCCUCGUGAUAAGAAAUGGUGCAGUAUUUAAAAGAUCUACUCCGAUGCUUUAUGGGUUCAACUUCCCCUUGCAGAUUGAGAGGGGUGAUGAUCCCUCCAAGUUCAUACAGACUUACAAUAUCGAUCUAGAUGAAGGGGAUGUGGUCAUAGCAGCAACAGAUGGCCUCUUCGAUAACCUAUACGAACAAGAGAUAACUGCGAUCGUCUCCAAGUCAUUACAAGCGGGCCUCAAAACAACGGAAAUUGCGGAGUUCCUGACAUUGAGGGCACAAGAAGUGGGGAGAUCAUCUUUUGCCAGAAGCCCGUUUGCUGACGCCGCGCUUGCCGCCGGAUACCUCAGCUUUACCGGAGGCAAGUUGGACGAUGUGACAGCAGUCGUUUCCAUUGUUGAGAAGUCCCACUUAUAGCCUAACGUUAAGCAAGCGGGUUAUCUCAUUGAAUAGUGUGGAGAAUGUGUGUGUGAAUUGGAGCCCGUCUCUGCGAUGUUCUAUGCUGCAAACUGUAUUUGCAGGUUUUAGCCGUUUAAUUAAGCCGCGCUUUGGUUAAGUACUUCUCGGAAUAAAAUAAAAGUGGAGAAAAAGCAAAGAAGAUACCUGGAAAGAUCCAUCUUUGAAUCA